CGGCUAUCUUCCAGUUCCCACGUGCCCAAUUCGGUGUCGUUUUCAAACAAACCCUAGGCAGUAGCCCUUCCCUCCUCGACACUUCCUCCUCCUCCCUUUCUAACCCCCCUGUGUCUCCUCUCUCUCUCUCUCUCUCUCGUUUCAGAGAGCAGAAACAAGACCAAGACACAAAACACACACAGAGAGCCAGCCAUGGACUCAGACGAAGGUAAGCUGUUCAUAGGAGGGCUGGCCUGGGACACCACAGAGGACAAGCUCACCGACUACUUCAACCAGUACGGUGACGUCACCCAGACCGUCAUCAUGCGCGACAAGACCACUGGCCGGCCCAGGGGCUUCGGCUUCGUUGUCUUCUCUGAUCCCUCUGUGCUCGAUGGGGUCCUCAACGAUAAGCACACCAUUGAUGGCCGAGUGGUGGAAGCAAAAAAGGCCUUAUCAAGAGAAGAACAGCAGACAUCCAAUAGAAGUGGAAAUUUUAAUACCACCAGAAGCUCUGGAGGGGGAGGAAAUUUUAAGACCAAGAAAAUAUUUGUUGGAGGAUUGCCUUCCACACUUACAGAAGAUGGAUUUCGUCAAUUCUUUGAAAAUUAUGGCACUGUCACUGAUGUAGUAAUAAUGUAUGACCAGAAUACUCAACGACCCCGUGGUUUUGGUUUCAUAACAUUUGAUACUGAAGAUGCAGUAGAUAGAGUACUACACAAGAACUACCAUGAGUUGAAUGGUAAACUUGUAGAGGUAAAGCGAGCACUUCCUAAAGACGCAAAUCCUGGUGGUGGGGGCCGUGGUGGGGGUUUUCAAGGUUACAAUGCCUCUGGUGCCAGUACAAAUGCAUUUGAUGGCCGCAUGGAUGGCAAUAGGUACAUGCAGCCACAAACUACAGCAGGUGGUUUCCCUCCGUAUUCUGGUUAUGGUGCGCCAGGGUAUGGUUAUGGGGCGGCAAAUACAGGGGUUGGUUAUGGAGGUUAUGGAAGUUAUGGUCUUGGUGGUUAUGGAAGUGCCAAUACUGGUUUUGGUGGUCCUGCAGGAUCAUAUGGAAAUCCAAAUGCCCCUAGUGCUGGCUAUGUUAGUGGGGCACCUGCUGCAUUGAAAAGUACUUGGAGCAACCAGACUCCUUCUGGGUAUGGUGCUUCUGGUUAUGGGGCUGCAGCUCCUUGGAGUGCUCCUGGUGGAAGUGGUGCUCCUUCUGCUCCAAGGGGUCAAUCCCCAAGUGGGGCCUCUGGUUACGGAAAUCAAGGUUAUGGGUAUGGAAAUUAUGGCGGGAGUUACGCUUCUUAUCCUGGUGGAUACGGGAGCUCUGGUGGGCGUGGUGGAAGUACCCCAACUAGCAACUCUGGUGGUAGUGCUAGCGGUGGAGAGCAACAAGGGACCCGUGGUGGCUACAUGGGGAGUGGCUAUGGCGACACCAAUGGAAAUUCAGGGUACUCUAAUGCAUCAUGGAGAUCUGAUCCUUCACAGGCCACUGGUGGCUAUGGUGGUUCUCAGUCCAGGCAGGCCUAACAUUGGAGAUCCAACAGAUUUUGAAAUUUGUUUCACAGGAAUCCUUGUGCAAGUGAUCAUUUCUCCAGUCUGACAGUUUAUGCAUGAGAAGAGUUGAAAUUAAAUCCAGAGACUGGUUGGAUUGCUUAAUUCUUGGUGGUAGUUGGCAGUUCUGCUAGAAGUUACAACCAAUACAUUCUAGUAGUAGUAAUUCUUAUUGAAAUUUUCAGAAUUAAUAUCUAGGUUGCUUAUAUUGUGCGUGCUUUAUGAUUUUGGAGCUCCCGUCUUCCCCUUUCCACUCAACCCUCUCUCUCUCUCUCUCUCUCUCUCUCUCUCUUUUCUGUUUGACCUAGAUAGUUUCUAUUGAACUUACUUAUCACUGUGGUUAAUGAUGAUAGUUAUUGUUUCUGGUGCUGCAUUA